AUGGACUGGGAGAAAAUAUGCAGCUUGAUCAGCUUGUCGGUCAAGAUUCCCCACGCAGCCUCACACGCCUUUGAACUACUCGAGCAGCUUAUAAUGAAUAAGGUCUGGGAUAGAAGUGGGAACAAAAAGCUUAUCCGCUUCUGCUACACGAAGACGAUCAUGUUUGCCAUGAAAAGGUGUGAUCCAUGUGAUUCAUGGACACCCUCGAGACCGAUUGAAUUACUCUGCUUUAUGUUUGAUGCGUUUUACCCCGAUUCACCCGACUUUGUGGUUGAACGCUUGCGUUUUCUGGGUGGUAUGACUGUCGUAUCGAAGCAAUUGCUGUUGAACCAGGCGAUGCAAGAGAUCUCUAACGGUCUCGUUCUGGCGGCGUUUGAAGCAUUGACGCGGAUGUUACGCGAGCACACGGGAUCUGAGCAAUCAUUUCAGUCUACGGCCUGGCUUGAUAUUCUUCGAUACGGUUUGCUUCCCAUUGGUUACGACUUGCUAAACGAUAUGGAUCCCAACCGAUAUGGCCGAGCUGUACAUGUCGGUAACGAUGAGGAGGAGAACAGCUCACCCUUCUUGUACUACUGGCGACAACUCGCGUCAUUUGACGAAGAUGUAUUACCGUCGAUUCUUGCUGAUGUGUCGUUCCCCAACGACACUUCUUGUACCGCUGGACGACGACGUCGAUCAUCAAUAUUGAAAGACCCGUUAGCACUUCGGCCACAUGUGGUGGUGGUCCAGUUGGUUUCGCUCGUAGUUUGCGAGGAGUUGACAAACCUGCAGAUGUGCUCCGAGUUUCUGGCUGUGUGGGAAAGCGUGUGUGAGCUGCUGGUGGGGCUGCUUGAGCAUACUGUGAUCGAUAGUGUUUCGUCCUCCGCGGAUGGGCCUGCAAGUGGCGAAGUCGCGAUUGCGACAUUGGAGCGCCGAAGCGUGCUUUCAGCCCAUGAAGAGAUUCUCGAACACAGUAAAGGAAUUGUGAGACGCUUGGCAGUGCUUCAAGACGAGAUCCAGAAGCAAAAUGGUGCAAAAGAGCAAGAGACACCAAAGCUGGAGGAUACAUUCGAAGCGGGACAGCUUGAUGUCUUAAUGCAGGUGCUGGAAGACAAGUGUCGCUCGUAUUCUACUUUACUGAAGCAGCUUUUUCCCGUGAAUGACGACACAAUGUCAAGCGGUGGAUGCACCCCUCGUGUCGACGAGACCAGCGGAGAACCUUCCGAGGAGCAAAGCGAUAACGAUGUGGCGACUUAUGGUGGAAGGCACGUAGACUUGACGUUUGUGGGAGCAUAA